AUGGCCUCGACACAAACUCGCUCACAACGAACAACUACCACACACGAUGGCAUUUCAAAUAUUAACAAUGCCCAUAAUAGUAAUAACAAUAAACCAACAUACACAGUUGCCCACCUUCUCACAAAGAUAACAACACUUAUCGAAACCUGUGAUUUCGAACUAGCAUAUACUUUUUGCUUGAGAGCUCUUGCAAUGGAAUCGGAUAAUGUAGCGGUGUUGGAGGCUACUGGUGCCGUGGAACUAGAGCUUGAAAAGUUUGAAGAGGCUCGAGAGCACUUUUCAAAAGCUAUAUCAUUAAGUCCAUCCCGAGGAUCUUCGAAAUACAUGUAUAUGGGACAACUAUCCGAAAAUCUCGACUCUAUAAAUUACUUUCAGACCGGAAUUGACCUAAUGACCGAAGAAUUAAAAUCUGUGAGUGCCGCUUCUACCUCAGAAGAACAAGAACAUCAUCAGGCACUAUGCAGAAAAAUAUCGACCGCGCUAUGUUCAAUGACUGAAAUUUAUUUGACUGAUUGUUGUUUCGAAUCGGAUGCUGAAUCACGUUGCGAGUCUUAUUUGAACCGGGCGAUUGAAAUCGAUAAAAGUAAUCCGGAGGUAUAUCAAGUGUUGGCCUCUGUACGACUAUCACAACAACGUAAAGAAGAUGCAAAAUUAGCAUUAGAGAACAGUAUAAAUCUCUGGAUUAACGCUGAACCGGGCAUGUAUAGUAAUGCAAUAAUGCCAACAUACGCCGCUCGCAUUUCACUAGUAAAACUAUUACUCGAACUUUCCCAGUAUAAUCGAGCCCUUACUGUACUUGACGGACUACAAAAAGAGGAUGACGAGAUGAUCGAAUUGUGGUACCUCUAUGGUUGGUCUUAUUAUUGUAUGGGAGAAGACGCGUCAAACGAUGAAGAAAAGUCUUCAAAUUGGGAGGAUGCACGAGAUUGUUUGAACACGUGCAAAAAGUUAUUUAAUAAAUUUGAAUCGGACGAUGAUGGAAUAUGUCAGCACACUCAAGAAUUGUUACAAACCAUCAAUGCCUUCCUGAAGCCGUCAACAUCUGCAUCCGAAGAUGAAUGUAGUAGCUUUGGGGCUCGAGAGAGAUACGUUGCUCCAUACUAUUAUCCCUUUGAUUGA